CUCCCCACGAGGGGCUGGUUCCUGAAAGGAGUGACAGAGGAUCCGCAACCGCCUGCGAAGCCGAAGCCACCGCGUAGGAGCGUGCGUUCGGGCCCUCUUCUCCGACCUGUUCGGUCCGCCUCCACGAUCCAGCUGCCAACCAUCUAGCCUACCCUGAUCUCUGAGCAGCGGUCGUCCUCAUUUUACUCCAGAGGAGACUGAAGCCAGAAGGUGACUCCCCGUCCCCAGGAUGUCAACCUCAGUCCCUCAAGGCCAUACCUGGACCCAACGGGUGAAGAAGGACGAUGAGGAGGAGGACCCGCUGGACCAGCUGAUCUCCCGCUCUGGCUGUGCUGCCUCCCACUUUGCAGUGCAGGAGUGCAUGGCCCAGCACCAGGACUGGCGGCAAUGCCAGCCACAGGUGCAGGCGUUCAAGGAUUGCAUGAAUGAACAGCAGGCGAGGCGGCAAGAGGAGCUGCAGAGGAGGCAAGAACAAGCCAGUGCCCACCACUGAGACCCCAAACCACCAUCCCCAGUAGAUGGCCCUGCCAAGACCAGCACCCAGCAAGAUUAUAGAGGAAGAAAUCCUAAAUGCUGGGUGUGGGAGGUCUAAAACAUGGGGAUAGUUUUUGGAUCUGGAGUUGAGAGCCAUGGGUUUGGACAUGACUGGCACAAACAGCUGUCAUAUGUUCAUGGUCAGAUCUCAUACAUCCUCAGCUGUCUUGUUCCACCAGUAUUUGCCAGGAAAACAAAGAAUGUGUUAAGGGAUGCUCCCCCACCCCACAUCUUGAGUCAGUGUGCCAAGUACUGAGAUGAUUUUAGGGACAUUUUAUUUUAAAUUAAAUUCACAAUCUAAUGGUAAA